UGGGGGAGAAGAAGGAAAAGAGAAACUGCAGAAAUGGGAUCGCUGAUGUCUUGCUGCGGAUCCGACAAAGUUGAGCAAGGAGUUGUGAGCGGUGAAUUCAACGGCAACAGCACCUGGAGAAUCUUCACCUACAAAGAGCUCUACUCCGCCACCGACGGAUUCAGCGACGACAAUUUGCUCGGAGAAGGCGGAUUUGGCAGCGUUUACCUGGGCAAAACCAGCGAUGGCCUUCAGAUCGCGGUGAAGAAACUGAAGUCGAUGAGCUCGAAGGCGGAGAUGGAGUUCGCAGUGGAGGUGGAGGUAUUGGCCAGGGUCCGGCACAAGAACCUCCUCGGCCUUCGAGGCUACUGCGCCGCCGUGGACCAGAGGUUGAUCGUGUACGACUACAUGCCCAAUCUCAGCCUGCUGUCGCACCUCCACGGCCAGUUCUCCGGCAAGGUGCGAUUGGAUUGGGCGAGGAGGAUGAACGUAAUCCUUGGAUCCGCGGAAGCUCUGGUGUACUUGCAUCAUGAGGUGACGCCGCACAUAAUUCACAGAGACAUCAAGGCCAGCAACGUGCUCCUCGACGCCGACUUCGAGCCGCUGGUGGCGGACUUCGGGUUCGCAAAGCUGAUCCCGGAGGGCGUCAGCCACAUGACGACGCGGGUGAAGGGGACGCUGGGGUACCUGGCGCCGGAGUACGCGAUGUGGGGGCGCGUCUCCGGCGGAUGCGACGUCUACUCUUUCGGCAUCCUUCUCCUCGAGGUCGUCUCAGGGCGGAAGCCCAUCGAGAGGCUCCCCGGCGGGGCGAAGCGCACCAUCACCGAGUGGGCGGAGCCGAUGAUCGCCCGCGGGCGGAUCAGGGAGCUGGCCGACCCGAGACUGCGGGGCGGGUUCGACGAGGCGGAGCUCCGAAGGGUGGUGGAGGCGGCCGUGAUGUGCGUGCAGGGGGAGGCGGACCAGAGGCCGGACAUGAGGGAGGUGGUGCAGAUCCUCCGGCAGGGGCGGGGGAGGAAGGAGUUGGUGAGGAUGGAGAGCAUCGGGUACGACGAGAACCUGAAGGCGAUGGAUCAGACCAGCGACGAGGAGGAGUACGAACACGGCGCUGUCUCCGCCGCCGGGAAUAAGGUUAACAAUAAUGGAGACGAUGAACAGAGUAGCUUCUACGGCGGAGUGUUUGGGACGACUCCGUCGCCGGUGAAGCCAUGGGACAGGACAAACAUUAACCUCAAAUACUGAAUUAUUACCUUGUUUCUGAUCCAAUUGCUCGCUUAAG